AUGGGAAACCUGGUACAGAGCGGCGCUGUUCCCCAGGACGUGUGGACCAACCAUACCUUGCCUAAGCUGAGGGGUUUCCAGGCUGCUGCUGGGACGAUCCUCUUCUACGAGGACCCGGCUCAUAUCAAGCCUAUGUCGGAGAAGUUUGCUACAUACAAGGAUCACUUUGGACAGUGGGCUGAGCACUCUAACGCCAUGCAUCAAUUCUUCCUCUGGACUGCCCUUGAGUCGCUCGGCUUCGGCGCCAACCUGCAGCACUAUAACCCCCUCAUCGACAAGCCUGUGAGCAAGGAAUGGAACAUCCCCGGUGAAUGGAGAUUGAUUGCGCAACUGGUAUUCGGUAGCAAGGAGGGAGAAGCAGGCGAGAAGGCUUUCAAGCCGAUCGAGGAACGGGUGAAGAUCUUUGGCAAGCAGUAG